ACAACAUACUUUUCUUACCCAGUGGAAGAUGUAUCUAUAUUCCAUGAUACGUUUUGCCGAUAUCUUCAAGAAGAAAUUUGCACUUGCAUGUGUAUUUGUGGUGAUUAUACCGAUUGCAUCAUGCCGUACCCAUUUCAAGCAGGAAUCAAAAGAGAUCGGUUCUCUGCCGAGUCCAAAAGUAUUCCCCAUAGGUAUCAACACAGUCCUUGUGGUCUGCCAGGCCAAUGCUACAGGACCAAGAGACUCUUUACAAGUGAGAUGUAAACACAGUAAAAAGAUCGUAUACAAAGGGACUUUAACCAGCUUUGAUGAAGACACGCCCUUGGUAACGACGAGGCUUCUUAUCAGUGCAAGAGAUAGUGACKGGGAACUCGUCAUAUCAUGCUUUUGUAAUGCUGUUUACACCGGAAAAGUGAGCAAAAUAACAAAUUUGAAGUUGAAGCCAGGACGCGGAGAUCAAAACUUUGAACACAACCAGCAAUUUCUGCCAAAGAGGAAAAGAAAACGAAAAGUUUUUUCUAAUCGUCCGGUUAGAUUUGUCUGGCGGUACCAUAGUAACAAUGUAACGUCAUGGCCACGCUGUUAUCAUGAUGGAAUAUCACUUGSWAAACCCRAUWUCCUCAUCYCAAGAUCACGAAUAAUUGUCCAAUAUAAAAGAGUAUCCGUACAUCAGACUGGAUAUUACUGGUGUGAAGUGACUGGCAAUAGGACGUCUUACAGCAGUUUGACGGWGCUACGUGUUGCUACAGAGAGAAGAUGGUCAAAUUGGUUCACUUGGAUCAAAUGUGAUGCAACYUGUGGAAGGGGUAGGGUAGUACAGGCGAGAAAGUGUCUCGACAAAAGACAAAGAUGUGAUGGCCCAAGUGUCAGAACUAUGCCUUGCUUUGUACAAUGUACUUCACGACAAWUUUACUCCAAGUUUUCAUCUACGACGCAGACUACUGCAUUUACGAUCACAACGCGGUUCACUGUUAAAGCGUCACAGUACAAUCCUGCUACGGACGCUCAUGCAAGAAACAAGUCACGUCAAUCAACUGUUUUUCUAAUUGUAACGAUUGUCAUUGUUUCUAUGGGAAUUAUUUUGGUUUUCUCAGCGUACGUGAGGUACAAGUAUAAAACUAGAAGAAGACCUUGCUGUGAAAUCGAAGAUCGACCUAAAGUGUCAACAUUGUUGCAUACAGAUACCAACAAUGAUAAUUAUUCUAGAGAAUCAGGAUCAACAUUGGAGAGUGAUUUGAUAUCCUUUGGCGACGAUGUUGUAGUAAAGGUAGCUGCUAUCAAAGUGCGUGAUAUACCAUUUCAGCUUCGUCAUCUCAUCGAGAUCCUUCUGAGCACUAUAGGUCCACGUGCUAAUUGGAAAUGCCUUGCGACAAGGAUUGGCAUGCCGACGUCAUAUAUUCAUAUAAUAGAACAAAAUCUUGAAUUGCCGGCAAAAGAUGUAUUUGAUUGGUGGAUAACACGUAAUCCAUCGGCCAUGAUGCAACAGCUUAUGGAAAUYCUGAAAGUUUUGGAACGUGACGACAUUUUGGACUCAAUUUUGAAAUUCUAUAGCUCUGACGGCACCCAGUUCGAUACUCAUUUCAUCGAAGACACCAAAUUAGAGGAAGAUCACUUCGAUYUUGMUUUUGAUGAAUCAAAUAAAAUCAAUAGAAAAGGUUCUUCAAAAAGCAAGAUUUCUAACUUUUCCAACUUUUCAAGUGUUUCUGGGGCUUACUGUCCAAAGCCAGUYCUACCAGAUACCGUGAACCCUAACCUAUGCGCUUGGGGUCUUUUUACAGAAAAGGGUGGGAUUUUAAAAAUCAAGGACACGGGUGUAAGUCUAUACAUCCCCAAAAUGGCCCUACCUGAAGGGUCUUCUCAGGUUAUUUAUAUUGGAUUGAUGAGCCGCAAGGGUCUUUAUCCCAAGCUGGAAAAUGGACAAGCUGUUUUGAGCCCCGCCGUCAUUUGUGGCCCAGAUGGAUUACAGUUCAAUAAACCUCUUUAUCUUACUGUCCCUCACAACGCUGUUAGUGACGAUGAAAAUUCUUGGAAGCCAAAAGUCCAAAGCUGRUCACAGGUUCCUGAAGAUGAGAGCGAAAUUACAAAGUGGAAGAUAAUGGAAGACCCUAACGACCUUGAACCACCUUUGAGUCAUAUUGAUCACGACUCGUUACAAAUCAUGAUUGAACAUUUCACUGGGUAUUGUGUAAUAGGUCAGCCACAYCAGAUGACCAAAUGGAUUGUAUCAUUUUGUACAGAGCCCAAGGUAGACUUGGACUGUCGCGUAAGGAUUUAUUGCAUUCCUGCUACAAAAGCAGCACUAGAGGAACUCUUUGACGAAGAAAAGAAGCUCAGUGGCACUGUAGCAGAUGCGCGUAAGCAGCUUAACGUCCAUAAUAAUAACAAAGACGUUGUUGCGACAAUCGUGAAAGUSAAGGKAGGKUGGGAAGUCGAUGAAAACGAGCAGAAUAUCCCGUUUCGAGACCUGUGGCAAACUCAAAAUUCUCAGAAUUGCUUUCCCAAUGUUACCUUCAUAUUUGAGCGAGUUUCAUCGAACCAGUUCUCGUUUUCAUCAAGCUUCAKAAUCAAUCAAGACAUGGAGAAUGCAGAUGCUGUUAAAGUCAAAGUAGCUAGUGCAAUUAAGCGAUCACAAUCUUUGUCAUCUGGCUACUCUUCAUCACUUGAAAAUGGCGGUCAAACUGAUAUCGUAAUGAUAAUKCCUUCAGACGUCCGCCGAGAACUUUGCUACUGUCUUGAUGUUGAAAGACAUGAUUACAGAGAUUACAGACAGUUUGCUGAAAAACUCGGUCAAACACAAAGCUACAUUAAGUGGCUACAACGCUGUAAAUARCCAACUAACGAGAUUAUUGAAUGGUGGGAACACUCAAAGGCAGACAAGGURCCCAUUGAAAAGCUGAUUGAAAUCUUCGUUUCGAUGGAUCGCGAUGAUGCUGCAGAAUUGCUUCAGAAGAUUCGGGUUUAGCUCUAACACUUUUUUUACAUAUUUAACUUUGUAUAACUUUUAGUUGGUAGUCAUACUUAUAUYACUUCAAAACAUAACUUUUCUAUUACCCUUUUCAUUGAUUAUAGUUUAGUAAUUUACACUUUUACCAGUUUGAAUAUUUUAUAAAGUAGGGCUGCGUAAUUUUCAGGAGCAGCCAUAAGGGCGUGUUUGCAAGAUAAUGACUAACGAUUAGACACCAGCAAUUACUGA